CGGGCAAGUGGUUGUAGCACUAGCACAGUCGUUAGCGGGAAUGAAGCAUUGAGUUGAGAGAGUGCGUGUGGACUGUGGAAGUUGAUCUACGGCCAUUGAAUGCGCCCAACCACCCAAAACCCUUCGAAUUCAAUUGCGGGGUCACCACCUUGCCGCACUCUUUCGAACAAUGCAUGCACUUUCUACAAUACCUGAGAAUUAAUAAUGACUCACUUCCGUGGAGAUUCUCGCCAUGGAAAAUCUCGACACAGACGAUCUAAGAGUGCUUCUGAAAGGAAUUUGAAAAUUGCAAGAGGUGGAGCCUCGCAUCCAUUGGAGAAAGGCCACAAUGAAUCCCUUGUUUCGCCACCUUCGGUGAGUGCUUCUAGGUUACAGAGUCCUUCGCGUGACAAUCUGACUUGUGUAAACAAGAAUACCUUUUCAAGUCACAAAGCAUCCUUAGAGAAAGAUGUUGAGCAACUACAGUUACGCCUACAGGAGGAAAGAUCCAUGCGCAUUCUGCUUGAGAGGGCGAUGGGUCGAGCCUCGAGUACUUUAUCUCCGGGACACAGGCACUUUACUGCCCAGACAAAAGACUUGAUUGCUGAAAUUGAGUUACUUGAAGAAGAGGUUACAAGCCGUGAGCAGCAGGUACUUUCUCUGUACAGGAGCAUUUUUGAACAGUGUGUUAGCCAGCCACCUUCUCAACAAAGUUCUAGUGUUGCUUCACCUGCGCAUUCAAGUCAAGGAUCCAGGAAGCAUCCAAGUAUAAUUUCAAGUGCAUUCUGUUCAUCAAAAAAAUUCCCUCUACGACCCUUGCAAGCUUUGGUUUCUAAUAAUGACUUGAGGAAUAGGAUCUUUGGGUCUAAUCACGCCCCAGCAUCACGUGGCAAAGGCAACAAUUGUUUUGAAAAGACUUGUUCUGAUUCCAACAAGGCUCAUGAAAAAAUUUCUUCAAUCCAGAAAACUCCAAUUUUACGUACUUUGAAAGAGCAUCUGUUCCAGUGUCCAAGCAAGCUUUCUGAGGAAAUGGUGAGAUGCAUGGCCACUGUAUAUUGCUGGCUUCGUAGUGCAACCUCUGUAAAUGCUGAAAACGGUAGGUCACCAUUAUUAUCAAGGUCAUCCACUAAUGCUAUACAGCCUCGACAUUGUCCUGGAGACGAUCGAGACUGGUUUUGCAAAUCAGCAGUUGAAAUAUCUUGGAUAUCUACUCACAAACGCCAUUCUUAUCACGCUUCUUAUGCCAUCAGCAAUUACAGAGUUCUAGUUGAACAACUAGAAAGGGUGAAUGUCAGUCAAAUGGAUUGUGAUGCACAAAUUGCGUUCUGGAUCAAUGUGCACAAUGCUCUUGUGAUGCAUGCAUAUUUAGCAUACGGAAUUCCUCAGGGUUCUCUCAGGAGGCUAGCCUUGUUUCACAAGGCUGCUUACAACAUUGGCGGUUAUAUCGUAAGUGCAAAUGCGAUAGAACAAAUGAUAUUUUGCUUCCGAACACCUCGUAUUGGACGGUGGCUUGAAAACAUUGUGUCUGCUGCCCUGAGGAAGAAAAGCGGUGAAGAAAGACAACUUCUCAGUUCCAAAUUGGGUCUUACUAAUGCCCAGCCCCUUGUCUGCUUUGCCCUUUGUACUGGAACCUUGUCAGAUCCUGUGCUAAAGGUUUAUUCAGCAUCAAAUGUAAGUGAAGAAUUAAAUAUUGCGAAGAGGGAGUUUCUCCAGGCAAAUAUAAUUGUGAAAAAGUCGAGAAAAGUUUUUCUCCCAAAAUUGGUGGAAAGAUUUUCUAAAGAAGCGUCAAUAAGCAUAGAUGAUCUCUUUGGAUGGGUCAUGGAGAGUGUUGACAAGAAGCUGCGUGAUUCAAUGCAGAAGUGCCUUAAUCCUAAAUCCAGCAAAAAACCGUCUCAGAUCAUAGAAUGGUUACCUUAUAGUUCAAGGUUCCGGUACGUGUUCUCCAAGGAUAUCGUAGACAAGUCUUGGUGGAUAUGACAUCUAACUGCUUGAUAAAGAUUAUUAUAUGAUUAGUGGAGCUUAACUGGUUUGAGGAAGCGAGCAAGUGUAGGUGCUUGAUAUCGUAACAUGAUGCGAUCAUUGCUUGCCUUUGGUACCAUAUAUUCUUGGUAAGACCAUUGUAAAUUCUGAUGAAAUUAGUCGAAUACCUUCUAACAACUGUACAACUUUUAAACAGUGAUGUAUAACAAUUAAUAAAGUGGAGAUCUUGUUUUGGUAUCCACAUUUUUCUACUCUUAA